CCCAAGUGUCGCAUGUUAUAUUUUGAUUUGCAAUGUUACUUUUAGCCUGUCAUUUAUCGUUGGAAAAAACAAAAACGACACAUUGUUUUUUACUUUUGAUCCGGCGUUUUAGAUACUGGAUCACGAGGUCCAUCAUGCGGAAGUCCCGCGAACCGGAUUAACGCAAAAGCAAAACAGUAGAUGAGUUUAACUUAAAGUUGAUGUUUCUGCUAUUAGUGUUGCACUUUACGACAAAAGAACAAGUCGCUUCUCUAGAAAAGGCAUCGAAAUGUCGUCGGAGGAAUUUGAGAAACUGCACGAAAUCUAUAAAUCACUGUAUGAGGAGAUCAAGUUAAUGCCAGAGAGAGCUCUGACAUGUCACGGAGAGGAAAGGAAGAGGAUGGUGAGGACCUUCGAUGAGAGACAUGGGGAGACGGAUGAAGUGCUCCAAGGAAUGGAGGAAGAGCUGCGCUCGGCACCUUCCUCCUACCGAAAUGCGAUGAGCACCAAGCUGCGCAUGUACCGCCGGGACCUGGGCAAGCUGCAGCGGGACAUGAAGAACUCCGCUCCGGGCUUCAAUCCGUCUUCCCAGACAUCGGAGGGCAGUCGUCACGGCAUCUACUCGUCACAAAACCAACAAAGUACACAUCUGCAAUCCCAGAGAGCGUUGCUGCUCCACGGCACAGACUCUCUGAACAACGCCAGCCAGAGUAUCGAGCGGAGUCAGCGCAUCGCCGCGGAGACGGACCAGAUCGGCACCGACAUCAUCGAGGAGCUGGGCGAGCAGAGGGAGCAGCUGGACCGCACCCGAAACCGAUUGGCGGACACCGGAGAGAACCUCAGUCGAAGUAGAAAAAUUCUCCGUACCAUGUCACGGCGGCUCGUGACGAACAAGCUGCUGUUGGGCGUCGUCAUUUUAAUGGAGUUGGCCGUUCUGGGAGCUGUGGUUUAUCUCAAGUUCUUCCGACGAGCGAACUAAACCAUCUGAAAAACAAUCGUACGCUCUGGAUUCAGGGCGAACCCAGACUCUCUACAUCCGCCUCCACUGACCAUCAAGUAGCAAUAAUGCUCCUCUGCUGUAUUCAGCCACCUUGUUUCUGUGAAUAAAUGUGGAAAUUUGGGGGGGGGUUCAGUCCUAAAGUGAACCUUCUCCGACAGUGGACUCGGUCCAUGGGCGGGUGAAGUUAAUUAGACAAGAAUGACUAAUUGUUGAACCUGCUAAUGGACCAAACCUGCAGAAACUCCACGCACAAACUGUGACCUGUCCACGGUUUGAUUAGACUGUUAAUGCCCUGCAGGAUGAUGUUACCGGCUUCAGUACGGAUUCUCUGUCAGGAUUUAUUCAAGCUGGAUUACGAUCAACUUUCUUUCUCCCGCAUGUGUAGAUUCUCUGCUCACUGACCCGUGAAAUGUCCCUGAUAGACGUCGGCUCAGCAGUUCUGGGAGGUUUACACAUCCUCCGAUUUGAGAUCUCGAGAUAAUUGUAUUAUCUUUUAAAUUACUAAACAACAGAAUUUGAUGUGGUAAGAGUUGAAUUUUUUUGUUGCGUCAUCAUGCCCCGUAUACAAAUGGUUGUAUUUAGCAUAUUUUUCUGAUUACCGAGGCCAAAUUCUGUCGGUCCGAGACGUGAAUUAGAAGUGUGGAAACUCUUGACGCGUGCACCUUAACAGUUAAUAAUGUUGUCUCAUCGCUUUACAAGGGUUAGGGGGUUAGGGUACAAAGAUCCCUCUGAGAAAAAGCUUCAGUAUUCCUCAUUUGAUUGUCUCAACGUCUUUAUAGCUCAUCUUAAGCCUCGGUUUGCAAUGUAUCUGUUUUUUCCAGGCAAUCAAAGUGAGAAAAACAUCCGCUGUGGAGCUGACGUCCCCAAAAUGUGUGGGGACGUCAUUUCUGAAGCCACGGACCAGGUCAGUGCUGCGUAAACAGCACCUGUUACUAUUAAAUUAAUUAUUAAAUAAUAGGUCACAAUCAGGUUAUUCUUAGUGCCGUGUUCCUGAAGUGGAACACAUCUGCCACAAUGUUAUUCUUCCACAGAGAUAUCAUGCCUUCCUAGAGUGGUGCCAAGGACAAAAACAUGUUUGCCGAGCUGCUUGUGUGGGUGUGGUCAAAUAAAUAUGUGAAUCAGUUUUUUUCUUUUGUCUUGACGUAUACCUUCACGUCCCCUUAAAAAAAACACAGUACAACUUUUUUCUGUUGCUAACAGUAAAUAUUCUGUUUAUUUCUGCAUGUAAAUUGUAAUAUUUUGUGUGAUAAAGUUGCUUUUCAUCAUUAA